AUGGAACGCGCAAUGUUUGCUUUCGGGAACCAGAUUCUCGGAGGUAUUCGUGCAAUCCAGGAGCAAGAGCAAGCCGAAGAGCAGGUCCCGAGGCCCAUCCGUCGCAGAAAAUCCAUCCACCGAGAGCAUGGAGUAGCUCAUCAACGUCUGUUCGAAGACUACUUUACCGAUGAGCCAUGGUGGGACCGACGGUUUAGGAUGCGGCGAAAAUUGUUUCUCCGCAUUGUUAGCGCGAUGGAGGCGCGCGACGAGUACUUCCAGCAACGGCAAGAUGCGGCCAACAAAAUAGGUCUAUCCCCGCUUAAGAAGUGCACGGUUGCGCUUCGUCAGUUGGCCUACUACAUCACGGUGGACAUGUUCGACGAGUAUCUUCACGUCAGGGAUACAACUGGCCGGGAGUGUGACAAAUUUUUGUGA